AUGGGAUCCGAGAGAAGGUGGGUUAUCACCACCUGGGAGCUUGAGGACGAAGAGCCAGGACCCUUUCCCAACCUUGUUGGUGAGCUCUUCUAGUUGAUAUCUGCUAACGUGUCACUAAUGUAUUUAAUCAGUGGACCUGGUAUGGAUGAAUAUCCACAAGUUGGUUUGUUUUCUACAGAAGAUCAUGAAAAUGGGAAAAUCCAUGAUGUAAACAAAGCCCUGUGCUACGGGAGCUCCACAAGCAACGCAGCCUUCACCACUGAUGCCAAUGACCAGGCAACCCAGUUUUCAGAGCAGGAAUUGAACAUCAGCAAGAAGGAGCAUCGGGGGCUGCGGGAAUGCCUUCCCCCUGCGCUCUCCGAAGGCUCCCAGCUUUGUCAGAUAUUAACAAAUGAUUUGGAUCAAGAAAACACUCUAAUUUCUCAAGUUCUUUAUUCCCUUGUUUCUCCACACUUACUGAAAGAAAGCCUCUUCCAGACUGUUUGUAUUACUGGAGAAAUAUAACUCUCAGGAUGCUUACAUUUGGGAGGUUAUGUCAUGAUUCGCAUCACGUCAGCUUGGAGAGCAAAAUUCAAUGUAUCGACCGGCAACGCAGGGGGGCAUUUUAACAUUCUGACCAACCCAGACACCAAGGUAGGGAUCUGAAAUGUCACCGAGGUGAAUCGGGAUGGCUCCCGGCUGCCCUGGAGGGACCUGCUCCCCUGGUGCAGUGCAGGUGAUGCUUGCCGACAGCCCACCUGCCUUUCACCUGUGGACUUCAUCCUUACUGACGAGGGUGGUGCCAGGCCUGGGAUUCCGUUGGGAAUGUUUAAUGCUCUGGAUCGGAUAGAAUUGAACCUGACCUGGUUCCCCGGAUGUCACCUGUGGCCACCCUGGGAAACCUGGAGCCCGGGCGAGCCCACAGUCGGCGCCUCGCGUGUACAGGUCGGGGAGCUGCUCAAGACCAUUUUGACUGAAUCGAUCGCCCAAGAAAAUGAACUGGUUCAUGAUCUGGCAAAUUGAGUGACCGUAGACGAAAACUGAGGAGCAGUCACCACCUCAAAGUGAAUUGACAGGGAACCCCCUUACGUCCAGGAGAGCUUUCACAGGGUCGUUGUUCACACCGUUGAUGAUGGCCCCCCGCUACGGGCCAGUACGGGGACCCUAAGGCUCUUCCUAUCUGACAUCAACGGCAAGCCCCAGCUCUCUCACCACGUGGAGGUCUCUGAUCUGCGCUGACUGAGCCCCCCCCCCCCCACUGACAUCUGGAGCCCUCCCGAAUUGGAUGAUACCCGGAGAAAUGCAGAAGCCACGUGGAAACUGGGGAAAAAUUGGGGGUUGGCUUCACAGGCGUGA